CAGACUCUUGCCCGAACUCCGUAGUCCAGCUGCGGCUAGGAGGUCAGAGGCCGUCCCCCGCCUUCGGUGCUUGGCUUGGAGGAUGGAUCCGGGGUCCGGGGCCGACGCGGCCCCGUUGGCUGGUUUGGCCUGGUCGUCGGCCUCGGGGCCCCCGCCGCGGGGGUUCAGUGCGAUCUCCUGCACUGUGGACGGGGCGCCCGCCAGCUUCGGCAAGACUUUCGGGCAGAAAUCCGGCUACUUCCUGUGUCUCAAUCCUUUGGGCAGCCUAGAGAAUCCACAGGAGAACGUGGUGGUCGAUAUCCAGGUCCUGGUGGACAAGAGCCCCCUCCCGCCGGGAUUCUUCCCGGUCUGCGACCCCCUGGACUCCAAGGCCUCCGUGUCCAAGAAGAAACGCAUGUGUGUGAAGCUGGUGCCCUUGGGGGUCGCAGACACAGCUGUCUUUGACGUCCGGCUGAGUGGGAAAACCAAGACGGUGCCUGGAUACCUGCGAGUAGGGGACAUGGGGGGCUUCGCCAUCUGGUGCAAGAAGGCCAAGGCCCCGCGGCCAGUGCCCAAGCCCCGAGCUCUCAGCCGAGACAUGAGAGACCUCUCCCUGGACCCACCUGGCCAGCCCAGCAAGGGUGGCUUCCCGGAGCGGAUGCUCUCAAGGCUGGGCUCUCGGGCAUCUACACUUCGGAGGAGCGACUCCAUCUACGAGGCCUCCAACCUCUAUGGCAUCUCAGCCAUGGAUGGGGUUCCCUUCACGCUGCACCCCCGAUUCGAGGGCAAGAGCUGUGGUCCCCUGGCCUUCUCUGCCCUUGCUGAUCUGACCAUCAAGUCACUGGCGGACAUUGAGGAGGAGUACAACUACGGCUUCGUGGUGGAGAAGACGGCAGCUGCCCGCCUGCCCCCUAGCGUCUCUUAGCCCCUCACCGGCCCCAGGGAAGAGUCCCCUACCUGAAAGCCCCGGACUGGCAGCUGCCCACCGCAUUGAAUCUUGGGAGCCUUGGCGGCGCAAGGCAUUCUGGACCCUCGGCCACCCAGCGGAGCAGCAGCCCUGGAGGAGGGGCCGGGAGCGGUCUGCUUGGUGAUGGGUCUCCUGCCCCCCGGGCCCUGAUGCGCAAGGCAGGGGUAGGGGCUGGACGGAAACCAGUGCCUUCAAGUCAUUUGUGUCAAAACUCGCUGGUGCCUGGAGGCCACGCGGGCGUCCUCCCUCCAGGAAAUAAACACCACGCUGUCCGGGCCGUCUGUAGUCUCCA